AUGGGAAAGAUCGCGUUUUUAUCAAAAUAUCUUUUUCUGCUUAGCAAGCCUUCUUCCAAGCCGAAAAACUUCGAUAGAGAAAGUACAAAAUCAAGCAAAACCGAUAACGGUUUUUUGAAUUUCGAGACUCAAGCAACCAAAAACUCCCAACUCAAGAUGCAAUUCGUCGCCGGAAAGUACGUCCCACCCCACAUGCGCCAACGACCAGCUGGCCUCGAAGCCGUGCCCGCCCGGGCCCCCGGCUGCGAGCCCAAGCGACGCAACUUCACCAAGAAGGUCACCAAGCCGAAGCCAGUCGUCGUCGAAGCGCCCAAGGUCGAGGAGCCAAAGGUCAAGCCCCAUUGCGAGCUUUUCCUGGCCGAUCUUCCUGCGCCAAUGCGAUCUGUUACCACCUUAGCUGGCUUUUUCCACCCCUAUGGCGAAAUCUCCAACAUCCAGAUCAUCCCCGUCGGCCAGAGCUUCCCCGAAGAGUGCCACAAGUUCAUCGAUACCGCCGAGUACAAAGGCAGCUUCUGCGCCAUUGUCGAGUUCCUGACCGCGCGCGUCGCCAAGUUCGUCGUUGGAGUCCUUCGAAAGCGAAUUGAAGCGCUCAACUUCCGAGUUGGUCUUCUCAAGCCAGGUUUGGCCGAGGAGAUGGCUCACCAGAGCAUGCGAUUGAAGGACUCGCUCCAUCGACCGAGCUUCCAGAUCAACAAGACGCAGGAUGGAUUCCUCAAUGCGCCGAUUCUUGCCUGCUCGUCGGAAGAGCUGUCCGAUCAGGACAGCAAUAUUCGACACAAGCGCGCGAUCUUCUCCAACACCUGGUCCAACACCUCCUCCGGUAUCGACACUGGCGCCUCUUCCUCCGCCUCUGGCCUUGACUCCGACUCCGAUCGCCUUCAUCGGCUCAUUUCAUCGACCGACGACGAUGAAGAUUAUGACCUCCUGACCCUUGCCUUGAAAAACGGCAUCAAAGUGACCCGAAGCCCACCCGGCUUCCAGUAA